AUGGUAAAGAUAAUGCGUAGGCUUUCCCUCACGGGAGGGACGAAAGAGCCAGCACGAAGCAAAGCAGUGGAUGAUUUGUUGGACAGAGAUUUAGCUCUGGACCUUGAGAUGAACUCCUCUGUGCGUUCCUUUGCUUCCAGUAUUACCACUCCUGCUUCUCAGUCUGGAAGUUUUUACCAUCGGGUUCAACAUCAAAACGAAAUUAGUGAAAAAGAGCGGACGUAUGGUUAUGAGGAAAAUGGAUUGACAGGAGAUAUGCCUGCGGAUUGGGUGAGUGAAUCUUCAGAUGAGGACGCUGAGUCAACAAACAGUUGGGGUGGCUUUUCCAAUAAGAAUUCGGCCACUGAUACCAAUAGCGUUGGCAGUGGCGACGAAAAGGACUCUGUCAAAUCCUCUCCAGUUAUGACCCGAAAAAGCAUCAAAAGCCGGAAUGACAGCAAAAAGAAGAACAAGCAAAAGAAAAAGAAGAAACGUCUGAAAGACUUUUUUCGAAAGAGCGGUGUAAAAAAUGAACCUAUUACAGAAGUCGAUGAGGGGGAUUUGGUGACAGAAUCAGAAGGUAAAGAAGGUUCCAUGGCCCUUUUGCCCUUAUCUGACCAUGGUGGUCCAAGGAAAGGCUCAAGGGAUAGUGAGAUUGAUAGCCAAUCUGAACAACAUUCAAUAGCGCAGAGUCUGAAUUCGAAACAAAGUAGCAAAAGUGGAAGGAGCAGAGGAAGCAGAAAGGGGAAUAACAGGAAACUUUCACCUGGUAGUCGAGCUAGCAACUCGCCUAAGAACUCUCCCAAGACGUCAAAGGCUCGAAAGAAGAAAAACGGUCUCAAUUCAAGUACACACAACAGUGUCAAGACUGGGAAUUCAGCAAAGCCGAAGCAAGCGCGUCGUGGUUCCUUUGGAGCCCUCACUAGACGGAUGUCUCUUGGUGGAAAAUCGGAUGAUGGUGAUGUUCAGUAUGGCGAAAGUCAAGAUGGUGGACAGAGCCGGACUAUUAGGAGGGGUUCCCUUGGUGGAGGCACGGAGCCAGGAAAUACAUAUGGUGGUGAUUCAGAAAACCCUCAUCGUAUGGCACGUCGACGAUCGUCGUUGGGUAGUAUGUUGGAGAGUGUCGUUCGACGUGGGAGUCUGGGCGGCGGGAAUGACACGAAUGGUGACAAAAAACAGAAAGGUCCUGUGAUCCCUGAAGACUACCACAAUAUCAUUCAUCGUGAGCGCGUGGCUCGUGGAAUGUAUUUGCUUCAACGCAAUAUUAUAUUAGAUACGCUGGCCCAGGGGAUCGCCAAUGAUUUGGCUGCUGGUCGUGCUCCAACACCUUGCGAGUUCUACGGCAAUAUCGGGAAGGGAACUUCCUUGAGCGUCAUACAUUCAAAGAUUAUGGAGGAACGAAAGGGAGUUUCUCGCAAGAACAUUCUAAGCGAAAGGUUCACGUGUUUUGGGAUGGGGCUUGCUAUCGGGGGCGAAAAGAAUGAGUCUAUUUUCAUGUGCACCCUGUUCCAGGAGUAA